AACACCACGCCCAUGGCUCUCCCAUGCCGUGUCACGCCCCCGUCGCUCCUCCGCCCACCUGACAUCCAGGCGCCCUAUUGGGUGCCGCCUGGUCAGGUGGGCGGUGGCGGCGGCGCUAUGGCGGAUCGGUUGACGCAGCUGCAGGACGCGGUGAACUCGCUCGCAGACCAGUUCUGCAACGCCAUUGGGGUGUUGCAGCAGUGUGGGCCCCCAGCCUCCUUCAGCAACAUUCAGACGGCGAUAAACAAGGAUCAGCCUGCUAAUCCAACAGAAGAGUACGCCCAACUGUUUGCAGCAUUGAUUGCACGAACUGCGAAAGAUAUUGAUGUUCUAAUAGAUUCCCUGCCUAGUGAAGAAUCGACAGCAGCUUUGCAGGCUGCUAGUCUGUUUCGAUUGGAAGAAGAAAAUCAUGAAGCAGCUGCCCGUCUGGAAGAGGUAGUUUUUCGUGGGGAUAUGCUGCUGGAAAAGAUACAGAGCGCCCUGGCAGAUAUUGCCCAGUCGCAGCUGAAGACGAGGAGCGGCACGCAGAGCCUGCCCCUGCCAGAUUCGUAGUGUCAGAGGGCAGCACACCUCCGCAACACCAAAAUGUGCCCUGUCAUAUGGGAAACACCGCUCAGUAUCCACCGAGAGUGGUGACACCCUGCCCAGCACCUGUGGGACUCUCCGGUUCUCUGAUCAUUCGUAACAUAGUCUUUUAUUAAAGCUUAAACUGCAGGUUUUGUAUGAGAAGCACUUCCACCGUAGAAUCGGUGGUUGUGUUCUAGAAUUGUGUGUUAAUGUUUGUUUCCUUGACUUAAAAUACUAAUAUCUGAGCAUUUUUUCUGGUCAUAAAUAUGUCUGACUUCCAUCUGUUUUGUUGUCUUCAUUACAGAGGCCUUAGUCCCUAAAGGGAAUUCAGAAAGAAAAUAUAUUAAGAGUAUUUGUGUAAUUUGCUCAUUCCUACUUUCAAACUUUUGUGUUCUUGGUGUAUUUUUGUAAGGUUUAAACACAGUCACACUUGAAUUUGCCAGAGUUCCAUGGAGACAGUGCUAGACAAUUAUAUGAAUACAGCGGUUGCCAUCUGCUUUAAUUAACAGAAAUGGUAAUUAAACGUUUGUACUACUAUUUGGCUGGUUUACCACCCUUUCCAGAGUAAGUUAAAGGGUAAGUUCGUUCUAAUGUUUGCAGAGUAAGUGUUCUUGCUGUUGGCAUCUCAUUAAAAAAAAUCUGCAGAUACCUGA